GCCGAGCCGCCACCCCUGGAGCCGCGCGCGGGGCGGGCAGGGCCUCCGGCUCGGCAUGGAGCCCGAGAUGCAGGCGGCGGAGGAGGGCCCAGCGCCCCGCAUCUACAAGCAGCGCGGCCCCUACAGCGUCCUCAAGACGUUCCCAAGCCGGCGGCCGGCGCUGGCCAAGCGCUACGACAGACCGACGCUGCUGGAGCUGCCGCCCGCGCGGCCGCCGCCGCCGCCGCCGCCGCCGCCCUUCGCGCCGCUCGCCGCCGUGCCCAUCAGCAGCAGCGAGCCGCCGUUCCCGACGCAGCCGUCCUACCCGGCCGGGUCAGGCCGGGCCCCCGCCGCCGCCGCCGCCUCGUCGUCGUCGCCGUCCUGCACGCCCGCCGCGCCCCCGAGCCACCCGAGGACUCCGGCGCCGCCGCCGCCGCUGCCGCCGCCGCCGCCGCCGCCCGGCCCCGCCGCCUCGUCGUCGUCGUCCUUCGCCGCCGUCGUCAGGUACGGCCCGGCCCCGGUGAGCGGCGCGGGCGGCCGCGGCGCGGGUAGCGACGGCGCCAGCCUGGAGCUCAGUGCAGAAAGCCGCAUGAUCUUGGAUGCCUUUGCCCAGCAGUGCAGCCGUGUUCUUAGUCUCUUAAAUUGUGGAGGAAAGCUUCUGGACUCCAACCAUUCUCAAUCCAUGAUUUCUUGCGUCAAGCAGGAAGGCCCUAGUUAUAACGAACGACAGGACCAGUGUCACAUUGCAAAAGGGAUCCAGAGUCAGACCUCUGACAACAUAGACAUAGAGAUGCAAUAUAUGCAAAGAAAACAACAAACUUCUGCCUUUCUGAGAGUGUUCACUGACUCUCUCCAGAAUUAUCUGCUCUCGGGGAGCUUCCCAACUCCCAACACCUCGUCAGUCAGUGAGUAUGGGCACCUGGCUGACGUGGACCCUCUCUCAACCUCCCCGGUGCAUACAUUAGGUGGCUGGACCUCCCCAGCAACGUCCGAGUCCCAUGGUCACCCAUCCUCCUCCACGCUGCCGGAGGAGGAAGAGGAGGAGGAAGAGGAAGGCUACUGUCCUCGAUGCCAGGAGCUGGAGCAGGAAGUUAUCUCGUUACAACAAGAAAAUGAAGAGCUCCGACGGAAGUUAGAGAGCAUCCCAGUGCCCUGCCAGACCGUCCUAGAUUACCUAAAGACAGUACUGCUGCACCACAGCCAGCUCCUGCCGCAGCCCGCCGACCAGCCCACCGAGGGAAGUAAGCAGCUGUUGAACAACUAUCCCGUCUACAUAACGAGCAAACAGUGGGACGAGGCUGUGAACUCCUCCAAGAAAGAUGGGCGCCGGCUCCUCCGAUACCUCAUCAGAUUUGUUUUCACAACCGAUGAGCUUAAGUACUCAUGCGGCCUUGGGAAAAGGAAAAGGUCAGUGCAGUCAGGAGAGACAGGUCCCGAAAGACGCCCUCUGGAUCCAGUUAAAGUCACGUGCCUCCGAGAAUUCAUUAGGAUGCACUGUACCUCCAACCCCGAUUGGUGGAUGCCCUCCGAGGAGCAAAUAAACAAAGUGUUCAGUGACGCCGUGGGUCACGCCCGACAGGGCCGGGCAGUGGGGACUUUCCUGCACAACGGCGGCUCGUUUUAUGAAGGAAUGGAUCACCAGGCUUCCCAAGAUGAGGUCUUCAACAAGAGUUCCCAGGAUGGAUCGGGGGACUAGCGGACAGAAUCCUCCCACCCGCGCAGCGGCGUUCCGUGUUGUUCUGUUUCAGUUCCAGUGGUGAAUGUGCACUUCCUCGUUACCUUAGCGUCCACAGCAUGUUCCUCUGUCAUACUUCACAAGUCUCGAGCUUAAGACUGUGACCCACUGCCACGGUUCCCAGAUAGAAAGCCACUUGAGGGGUCUUUAGGAAGUCUCUGGCACCUGCAGUAGAUUUGGGGUGUAUUCUAUCACAGAGGCAAAGGUACAGUUGACAUAAAGUCUUUACUCGCUAGACAUUGAGGAUGUCUUCUGUCCCGAGUCUUCAGGUCAGCCUGGCCUCCUGAGCAGAGCUGGUCUCCUGGGAAGGUUCAGUUAGUGUCCCUGCGCAUGGGGGAAGGGAAGACACAGAGUUGUUCUAAGGGACAAGCAACAAGCAUUUUCUCACUUAGUUCAAGUAAGUCUUGUUUCGAUUUUCCAAAGACACAGGAUUGAUGACACUGUAAGCUUCCAUAUAUCACAACUUACUGAUUAGAAGCCAGAGAACAGAGGCCAUGUCUAUGGAUGGUUAAGUGGAGGUCAGCUAUUUUUCUGUUAUCUUAUAGACAAAACUCACUGUGUUGAUCAGAAAGGCAGCCUGGUUUCUGUGGUUUACAAGCAGAUUUUCUUUAUAUCUUUAGGAAACAUCCAAAGGAUCUAAACCAUUUUCAGAUCCCUCGUUUCAUAAGUCCCUUGAUGCACAGCAUCCAUAGCCUUAAGUCAUACUUGGUCGACAAAAUGCCAGGGUAGCGGGUUCAGUGAGAAUGUGCACUAGCUAGCCCUUUGGUAAGAUCUUCAAGCACAGGGCAUGACUGAUGGCAUCUGCUGCUGGUCAGGGGUCUGGCAUUGUGGACAUGCAGCGUCAAGGCCGUUCUGACAACUGCAAUGGCUGGUCCGGGAUUUCUCUGAAACUUGCUUUCUGGACUGAGUGGAGCUUUAGAAUAGGUGACACUUCUGUUUCCGUUGUCAUGGAUGAAAACGCCUCAUCCAGCUGUGCCUCUCCUCUCCCCACGAGUCCUCUGCAGCCUAAGCUCUGAGUUACUGUUCUGCCUCCCUGGUUAAUCUGUGGAAAUGUAUGCGAGGUUAGUGGUACCCUGGGAACCACUUCCCAGCAAAGGCUACAGAGGUGCUAUAAUCCUUUCUGAUAAGGGUGGGACUCACUUUACCAAACAAGUGGACCCAAGAGCUAAAUGGGCAGCAUUCACUGAAGAUUGUGAAUGUCAUCUACAAGCACAGUGAACGGCUUUGAAAAGGGGAUAGAAAUUCAGUCUGUAUCCAUUUAGAAAAGGACUUUUGGUGAGGCUGUUUUUGCCAAAAUAAAUCACAUAUCUUUUCUAUUCAAUAUUUAGCAUCAGAUUUUGAACAAAUCAGCUGAGCAGUUUAGAAGUAAAAGAAACUGAGCAAGUGAGCUGACAUUUACAGUGGAUGAGAGCAGUGUCUUUGGCAGUCCAAGAGAAGGGGGUAUUUCUUAAUGUGUGAUCAGAGGUCUGGGAAAUCUGUCCUAGGAAACUCCCAAUGCCAUAAAGCCUUGGGGGAGGCCGCCAUCGCCUCAUCUGCCUUCCCAUCUCCCCUUUGCACUGGGCUGCAGUUCCUUUUCCUCCUGGGUACAUGAUCCUUGCUACAGCAGCCAUGGUUAGCAGCUGCUUCUAAGGAACGCACACUUGCAGGCUGUAUCUUUCCCCUGUGAGUUUGAGGCAUCCAUACACACCUUCUGUGCACUGUCUUGGAUCCCGCCGCCGUGGUGCAGGUUGUCACUAGGGGUGACGGGAGCAUUUGGGGCACCUCUGAGCCUUUGUCUCACCGCAGCUGUGGGGCCGGGACGGGAACCUCCAGACAGGCUGUUGUUUCUGCCACCUGAAAGGGCGCCCUUGCUCCUGAGCCGCUUCGUUCUCCCAGUGAACGCUCUGUCAGCAGUUGCCCACAAGUAACCAGUUCUGAAACGGUGGCGUGAUGCCGGCCAUUGUGCGCAUGAGGACGCUAAGAACCGCAGCGCUGACCUCCUCGGCAUCUGCAGCCAGUUUCCAUGUGUAUCCUGGGCCCAGGACCUGCAGUCAGUCUUCAGCCCCAGUCAGGUGUCUGUUUUUCCUGCCUCUCUUUAUGCAAUUGCUGUUUUCUUUAGCUUGGUCCACUGCCUGAUACCAACAGGUGGUCCCUGAGACCUGUCUCAACACUCUGCUGGCCUCUUCCAUUUAAGGCUGGGGUGCUACUCAGGUCAUGAUGGUUUCCUGGGUGGUCACCUGAGUGUUAAAUCAGCCUGCAAAAGGUGCCAUCUCUGGCAGGGGUUCAGAACUCACCAUGGAUCAGGCUGCUCUCAUUUUCCGCAAGCCUUUGAUUUAGUGUUUGGAGGUCUGAGGAGGUUGUCUGUCAACUUGGUUUGGUUUUCCACGUCAUUCUGGCAGUCAGACACAUUGCUCUCCCAACACAAAACUUAGCCCUCUGUCGACUCUUAGAAUUACCCUGAGUCAUUUAGUGUUGGUUUGAAGGAGACUUGAGUUAAAAACAGCUCAGGAUGCAGCUGCGCCAUUUCAUCGGUGAGAAGAAUGUGGUUGCCAGGCUGGCGUGACUAAAUGUGCCGUUUCCUGUCAGUGAUGAGGUAGGUCCAGUGUCCCGGCUCUCAGAAGAAGCUCCGUAGUUAAUAGUGACAUCGUCAUGGUGUAUUCUUCAUUUUCCAAAUUAAAAUGCCUGCUUCUCGGUGAUUGAUGCCCCAGGCACAGAUCUUGCCAAGAGGAGGCUGACCCUGGGAUGACCUGUCAGGGACUGGGACCAAGAACCUGUAGAGGGGAGCAGUGUUCUACAAGGAUUUGAUAAGGUCACAUUGUCUCACCAGCCUCUUUGUGGGUGCACUGUUCAGCCUCUCAUGGUAUCAAAAAAACUGAAGCGUUUCAAUUUGUAGCUUUUUUUUUUUUUUUGCUUGAAAGUGUGUGUGCCGGGCCUUAACCCUAUUCCUUGUCCAUCACAGCAUUUGGGGGACUUUGACCAUGUGUUUCAUGAGGCUUCCCUAAGAAGGUAGCGGGGAACAUAGGAGCCCGAGAGUGCUGUCCUCUCUUGGUGAGGUGUUGAGGGAUGCAUGUCACCACUGCAGCUGUAGUCAGCGGGUGGUCCAUGUGUCAUCCCUGACCCCAUCAGGAUGAUAAGGAGACAUGUAAUUGCAAUUGUAUUUGACACAGCUACUCUACCUGGCAUCAGGUUAUGGUCCCUGAUAGCAAUAGGACUUUAUCAUUAUUCAGUCCAGUAGUGAUUCUUGAACUAUUAGAUGUUUACACAAAGUCUAAACAAUAACUCAAACUUAGGAAUCUGCAGGCUUGUGGUUUCUACGUAUCUCUGCCAUUUAAUGAUUUGUGCCUCUUUUCUGUACCUCUGAGAAAGUGGGUGGAGCUCCGUGGGAAGAUGUGAACCACGUCCAGAACACAAGUGUUCACUCAUUUGAGUUCUGUUUUUUUUUUUCUUUUUCUUUUUUUUUUUUUGGUGAAGGGGGUUAAACAUUCAGUAGUGUGCUAGUCUAACCCUGACACCCACCGACUACCUCCUUAGUUUCUGUAUAGACAGUUAUCUUUUUUGGUUUGAAGGUCCUUUUUUUGGUGACUUUUAGAAAAGGUUUUAAAUGUAUAGUUUCCUCAGUCAGUGCUGUACCGUCUCACAGUACAGGUCUGUGUUCAUUUGUGACAGCUUUCACAUGUGAAUCUGGAGAAAUGUAAUAGAAAAUGGUUUUGCACAUACGGAGUGAGUCUUGCUGGUAUGUGUUUAUUGUGGCGACGCUUGCCAAAGCUGCUUGGCAAACACGUCAGGAGGGAUGCUUGAGUCACAACUCCAAUGCAAAUGUGUCGAAACAGCAGUGUGUGUCAUUAUGAUGUAUUUUUGUAAACACAGUGGUGACUUCUUUCAGUCGUAUAAGUACUGGAUAAAAAUAACACUUGAAACACUGGAGGAAAAUGUCACUUAGCUGAUCACAAAACUACUUGCAUUAUCAGCCAGGGGGCGUGUGUGUGUGUGUGUGUGUGUGUGUGUGUGUGUGUUUACAGGAGAGGGAAGAAUUGACAUCAGCAACAUGGAGGACAAAAAUAAUACUCAUCACCGCUUUUUUAAAAGUGAAGUUUAAAAUUUUAGCUGAUGCAUUUACACAUUAGAGGCCUCUUGCACACUCUCCAUAGUGUAUUGAAUUUUGGGAAAUAUUGAGAACUGGAAUUCUCAUAUUUAGUGACUGGCUUUGUCACCCUUGACUAUUGAAGGCAGUAGAUUACCAAAAACUUUGCUUCUGAGCUUCCAUGGCUGCUGUAAGGGCUGUGCUUUUAUUGAAUCACGGUUUCCCAAAUGGCAACGGAAGGACAUCUGCUAGCGAGACCCACGCUCACACCUGGGUCACUCGGAACAGUCGCGCCGGUGCAGGUGGCCCGGUGUGCCUCCUUCCGCAUGUUGUAGAGCGGUUGGGUCCCGUUGGAAAGCACUCCCCUGGCAGUAGUUAACUACAGCGACCUAAGUGUAACUCUUGAUUUCCUGUGUGCUAGUAGCUUCGAUAAGCACUUUAAUGCAUCCUUCCUUAUAACCUGCACAGCUGCCCAGGGCGCUCCCUGGAGGUCACUCUGAGCUCAGUAAGCAGAAUGACCCUUUCUGUUUGCCCUAAUCAAGCAUUGCUCUCAAUGUGUGCCAACACUUGGGAGUGAACUUUUUUUUUUCCCUGAUGCUAUCGAGGAAAAGCUGGUAUUUAUAUCACUAAAUCUACACUGGAAGCAUGCAGGUGCUUAAAUAACAAGUAUGUGGAGCCCAGGCCUCCAGGAGUUCUUGCAGGGCUGGCAUGAGUCGUGGUAACAUCCUGUGAGGGAGACCAGAAACUCAAAGGAAAUGGACACAUCAGAAGUCUGGCUCCUUUCCACUGGUGUUCUAGGUUCCCCAUACACACUAGAGCAUCUCGGGGAGUGCCUGGUGAUGGCCCUGGGUAUUUCUGUGUGUGGCUGGUUUCGCAGCCUCCUGGGGACACUCAGUGAUUCCGUGGGACGGGCGGCUUUAACUGACGAUGCCACUGUGAGAACUGUAGAGACUGUCUCAAGAAUAUAGUGACCUGUUGAGUCUGCCCCCGAAGUUUUAGCUUUAACAUCCUCUGAGAGCAUGCCAAAGCCACGAGGGGCCCGGCGUGUGCCUCUUGGGAGCAAGGCCUGCUGGAGGUGGGCAGGGACUUGGUCACUGUCCAGCCUGCCCCUGCCUCGACUCCAUGUUGCUCCCCCACAGAAUGGCAUGUAGCAGCUAACCCUGGGGCCAGUUGCCUUUACUCUAUUUUCUAUGAUGAAUCCUUGUGGAGAAACUGUGAUAAACCCAUUGAUCCUGAUAUUUUUAUUGUUGGAGUCCUGUGGCUUCUCUGAAUACUUUCUAUUGGAUGGUACUGUGUAGAAUUCACACACUAGGGAUAUGUGAAUAAAGCUAAAAAUACAUAGUAUAAUAUAGAAUAGCAAAAAUCUUUUGUGAACAAUUUAUAUAGAAGAGUAAGUUGUUUUUUAAGUGUUAGGCCAUUUCUUUUAGGAACUUAAAAUGUUAUAAGAGUUUUUUAAGCAUUCAAUAUUUUUAAUUAUAAGAGACAUUUGUUACUAGAGCUAAUUAUUUCAGGUGUUCUAAUUGGAAUAUUGAUUUUCUUACCUCAUAUACCUCUAGAAUGCCACAUGUUCUGUUGGGGAUAAAAUUGCACAAUAAAUGUCAGGUUAUCUGUCAGAUGUUUUAA